ACGAAAUGUCGUCCGUCAGGGUUAACUGUGAUCAGCCAGUGAAAUAUUCUCGAAAUUGACACGUAGCAAGUUUAUCAAGGAGUAGGGUCAGCCCUGUGGUUAGGUAGCAGCCACAUAAAUCUGUUGUUACAUGGCGUGAAAUAGUUUAUCAGAUAACGGAUACAUAAAACAGGUUUACCUUCUGUUUCUUUGUUUGUGGACCCUGGCAGAGGUAUGGCUGUGGGGCAGAAACCAAGCAGUGCAGAGACAUUUGUUUUGGCUGGAUUGAAUGGACAUAGUGAGACAAGGCACACCGGUUUGAAUGACACUGUGCAGAAUCACACCGCUGACCAGCGAAGCUCGGGGAGGGCCAGAGUCGCGUCUGACAUGAGGUACAAGUGUGCUGCUUAUGUGCUGGCCCUGCGGCCGUGGAGUUUCAGCGCCUCCCUCACACCGGUGGCUCUGGGCAGUGCCCUGGCCUACAAGCUGGAGGGCUCUGUGGACUUGGUCAUCCUCAUGGUGUGUGCCGUGGCAGUGCUGGUGGUGCACGGGGCAGGGAAUCUGGUUAACACUUACUAUGACUUCUCCAAAGGGAUCGACCACAAGAAGAGCGACGAUAGGACUCUGGUGGAUGAGAUCCUGGCGCCGCAGGACGUGGUCAUGUUCGGAGCGCUGCUCUACUCUCUGGGCUGCUUGUGUGCCACCCUGCUCUACUUUCUCUCCACGUUGAGGAUGGAGCAUCUGGCCCUUAUUUAUUUUGGAGGGCUCUCCAGCUCUUUUCUGUACACGGGAGGCAUUGGUCUUAAGUACGUGGCCCUGGGGGACGUGGUGAUCCUGAUCACUUUUGGCCCCCUGGCGGUCAUGUUUGCCCACGCCGUGCAGGUGGGCUACCUGUCUGUCCUGCCUCUGGUCUACGCCGUUCCCCUGGCCCUCAACACAGAGGCUAUCCUACACAGCAACAAUACCAGGGACAUGGACUCUGACAAACAGGCGGGCAUCGUCACUCUGGCCAUUCUCAUCGGGCCCACGCUGUCCUACAUCCUCUUCAACCUCCUGCUGUUUGUCCCUUAUGUGCUCUUCUGCAUCCUGGCCACCCACUACACCAUCAGCAUGGCCCUGCCCCUGCUCACGUUGCCCAUGGCCUUCCCCCUAGAGAGGCAGUUCCGCAGCCAGUGCUAUUCCAAGAUCCCCCAAAAGACAGCCAAGCUCAACCUCCUGAUGGGACUUUUCUAUGUCUUUGGGAUCAUUCUGGCACCUCAAGGCAGCUUACCGCUACUGUGAUUGAAUUGUAGCUUCUUUUAUAGCUUUUUUUGUUGUUGAAAUGCAGACUAGUUUAUGUACAUCUUUGUAUUUGUAAUUAUUUACUUGAGUUCAAAGGCUUUAAUGUAUUGUCUAAUUUAUACGUCCAGAGAAACAGUUUAGUUACUCUUCUUUAAUACUGACAGAUAUAACCAGAUGCGUAACUGGUCCAUUAUUUUGCGUAGUUCUGUGUAUCGAUUGAAGUCUGAGGUGUGUUCAGACUCAUUUGGUAUAAGACUACAGUACAGAGGACAUUUCAAGUCCUGAUGCCUCAAAAUGAGGACAGACAUUGAAGAAACGGUUGCCAUGGGUUGCGGCGGGCCCUCAUACUUGCUACCGGUGAUGCAAUUCUUCAAAAUGUCAAUAAACCAAAUCUAAACCAUU